GUUUACUACUGAUUUGUUUCCAUUGACUUUACACAAAAAUGACGAGACAAAGUCGCCGGCCGGCCCUUCUUCUUUACAAUAAUAAAGCAACACUCUCUGCCGCUCCUCCUUCCCGCAAUCGCCAUGGCUUUCCACAACCUUUUCGGCUUCGUCGGAAUCCUGACGGAAUCCAUCAAGCUCGCAGCUCAAACUGGCCGAGCGAUGGCCGCCAUAGCCGCCGUCUCCGCCCUUCUCAACUCCCUCUUCCUCUUCAUAAGUCUCCGCUCUUCCAAAUCCAUACUUCGUGAUUUACGAGCCAAGGAAUUCCUCUUACUUUUCUCCGGCCCAAGAGACCCCGACUUUGCCAAUCUGCUUCACGAAAUUAAAGAAGACGCUCUGAUCAUCUUAGCCGUCGAAUUUGCAGUCUUUCUUGCUUCCUUCCUCGUCACCGUCUUCUCUUCAGCCGCCACGAUUUUAAUCUCCGCCGCUGCUUUUUCGGGCCAGAGCUCGCCGUUCAAAGAUUUAGCAUCAAGAUUGGGAAAUUCAUCAGUAAGACUAAUCGUUACUUCGUUUUACCUCUCUCUCUUUCUGAUUGGCUAUGUCUUCUCCGUUAUGGUUUUCCUGAUUCCCUAUGGCCUGCUCAUCGCGGACUUUCCUCUCGCCGCUAAAGCCAUCGCGGUCGUUGUGGGCAUAAUCGCCGCGAUUUUCUGGAUCUACACCGCCGUUGUUUUGCAUAUGGCGGUCGUGGUUUCGGUAAUCGAAGAGCGGUGCUACGGUCUCGAAGCGGUGGGAAAAGCGGCGGGGCUUGUGAAGGGGAAGAACAUGAAGCUCCACGGCUUUGUUCUGAACUCCAUCUUCAUGCUGGCAUUAAAUGCGGUGAUUUACAUUUCCCGGACGGUGAUAGGUCAGAAAUCAGAAUCGAUCCAAAUGAUCGUGUGGUCUCUGGCCAUGAUUCUCGUCUGCGGGUUGGCUGUGUUUGAGAACAUGAACUAUACAGUGAUGUAUUCACUCUGCAAGAAGACAAAGGAAGAAGAGAUAGAAUUGCAUGGGAGCGUAGAGUACAGCAAACUUCCAUCCAUGGCCGCUCUCGCCGACGACCCUCCUUCAGUGUGAUUGGUGGAUGACUUUCGUUUAUGUUGACGCAAAAAUUGUGUUAGUAAACUACACGUUCAGGGGAUCUUAUUAUUGUGUUAAAUAUUUUGAAUUUUUGCUCUGAAAUCAGUCUUUUUUUAUUAAAGAAUAGAAAAUUUUAUAUUAUUGAUGCAUGAUAGAUCAAAU